AUUCAUAUUCCCUCCUCACUAUAUAAAGCCCAUGUACACUUUUCUCCCAUUUUAUCUUAUUUUUUUUCUUUUCCUUCUCUUUUCCCAUUUUAUUUUCUGGGUUUUAUCACCAACCCCUCAUCUCUUGAAGCUGGGAAAAAAUAAAAUUUAGAUUGGUAAAUAUAUAGAGGAGGAGAUGGGGAUACAAGUGAAAAGUUGCUCAACAAAGGAGGAGUUAAAGAAGGAGAUGGCUCAUAAUUUGGAUCUCAGUGGGAUGUCUCUGGAUUCACUACCAAACCCUCCUAUCAAUCUCUCUAUCAUCACAAAACUUGAUCUCUCCAACAAUAAUCUUGAGAGCAUUCCGGAAUCGCUGACGGCGCGGCUGCUGAAUGUGGCGGUGCUCGACGUGCGCUCGAACCAGCUGAAGUCGUUGCCGAACUCGAUCGGCUGCUUGUCGAAGCUCAAAGUCCUCAACGUUUCCGGCAACCUUCUCGAAUCCCUCCCAAAAACCAUCGAAGAUUGUCGGGCUCUCGAGGAGCUGAACGUGAACUUCAACAAACUCGCGAAGCUCCCGGACACCAUCGGGUUCGAGCUCACAAACCUAAAAAGGCUCUCCAUGAAUUCAAACAAGCUCGCGUUCCUCCCUUACUCCACUUCGCACAUGACGUCCCUCAAACACCUCGACGCCCGCCUCAACAGCCUCCGAUCCCUCCCCGACGGCCUCGAAAACCUCAUCCGCCUCGAGACCUUGAACGUCAGCCAAAACUUCCAGUUCCUCUCCUCGAUUCCGUACUCCGUCGGCCUCCUCAUCUCCCUCACCGAGCUCGACAUCAGCUACAAUAGAAUCGGCGUCCUCCCCGAGUCCAUCGGUUGCUUAACCAAGCUCCGCAAGUUCCGGGCCGAGGGGAAUCCGCUUGUUAGCCCCCCGAUGGAAGUCGUCCAAGAGGGAGCGGAUGCCGUCCGAGAGUACCUUAGUGUGAAAAUGAGCACCGCAAAUUCGAUAGGGGCGAAGAAAAAGAAGACAUGGGUCGGGAAGCUGGCGAAGCUGGGGACGUUCAGCAGCAGCAGGAUGCAUUCGAGGUCCAUCAGAGAGAAGGACGAGCACGACGGGCUUAUGAUGCCCGACUACCGUCCGAUCGAGGGCCUCGCGACGCCUACUCGAUACUUGGGGAGGUUGUUCUCCCCCCGACGCCUCUUCUCCCCCUCCCCGAGGCGAGAUUCGUCGCGGAAGUGAAGAACACAGCUAGAGCACCUUUCCUCGAAAAAAAAGGUGUAAAUCUCUUCUUGCUCAUAAAAACUUUCUCUAUCAGGAUACAUGCUGCUGCUUAUAGUGGAAGUGCUUCUAGUAAAAAGUGACCACCAAACAUGUUAAGUGUAUUAUUAAAUGUUUAGAACCAUGGGUAAAUAAGUUGUAUUAAUUCUUGCUUUUUAGGUGGUGGUUGUGUUGCAUGAAUUUAUGAUAGAUGCUUUAAAAGUAGUGUAUGUAAAUCUUUGUUGUAAAGAAAAAUUGGCAAGGAACUUUGUGGUGAUGGGAGUUUUAUUGUAGAA